AUGCAGUCCUUGCUGUUCCUCUACGGUAGUGAAACUGGAGCGGCCGAAGAUAUUGCUGGGUGUCUCUGGAAAGAGGCAAGACUUCUCAACGUUCCUGCUCGUCUAUAUGGUCUAGAUGAAUAUGAUAUCGAGGUUCUCCCCGCUGAAUGCGUGGUUGUGUUCGUUGUUGCAACUACAGGUCAAGGUGAAAUCCCACCAAAUAUGCGGAAGGCAUGGUCUACUCUAUUGCGCAAAAGUCUUGGUCCCGAUUGGAUGCAAAAUGUGCGCUUUGCUGUUCUCGGACUAGGAGAUUCUUCUUAUCAGAAGUUCAAUUUUGCGUCUAAGAAGGUUUAUCGAAGGUUGCUUCAAUUGGGUGGCAAGUGUCUUCUAGACAUUGGUUUGGCGGAUGACCAGCAUGAAUUAGGAAUAGAUGGGACGUUCAUUCCAUGGAAGAAAGAUUUCUGGGAGAAAGUACGAUCAACGCAUUUUAAUUGCUUAUCGAGCUAUGAACCUGGAGACGUACUUAUGGUGCAACCGUUUAAUUUGUUUGAAUCAGUUCAAAUUGCUCUGGAAGCCCUUAAAUAUCCAGAAGACUUGUUAGAUCGCACGUUACGGCUCACAUUGGCUAGCAUUUCUACCGACUCCAUUGAGAAGGCAAAGCUGCUUGAAUUCAUUAGUCCUGAAGGUUUGGAUGAUUUUCUGGACUACACUACCAGAAGCCGACGUACUACAGCCGAGGUGCUUCGCGACUUUCCGAAGACGUCGAUGGCAAUUCCACCGGAACGUCUUUUCGACUUGUUUACCACCAUCCGACCUCGAGCAUUCAGCAUUGCUUCAGCUCCUUCACCAGAUGUCAUACAAAUUCUUGUUGUGAAGGUUGAGUAUCGUUCUCGGAUGUCUGAUGUGAGGCGUGGUUUAUGCAGUUCGUUCCUAUCUAAUAUAAUCCCUGGAGAUAAGAUUUUUGUGAAAAUUCGCUCCGGGACCUUCAAAUUUCCGAAGGCAGAUGUACCAGUUAUCUGCGUUGGCCCUGGUACCGGAGUGGCACCGUUUAGAAGCUACUUUACUUGGCGAAAUAGGUGCAAGAGUGCUGCUAACUCAAUGCUGUUUUUUGGAUGUCGUGGAAAAGAGCUGGAUUUUUAUUUUGAGAACGAAUGGAAUAAUUUGUCAGCAACGCAACUGGUGACUGCAUUUAGUCGGGAUACUGUUGGACAAAAGGUAUAUGUUCAGCAUUUGAUGUUAAAACACGCCGACGACGUGUGGAAUAUAAUUGGAGAACAGAACGGAUUCGUGUUCAUUGCUGGAAGUGCAGGCGAUAUGCCCAGAGAAGUUGGUGCAGCUCUUGACAAGAUUGCAGCCGAACGUGGUUGGACGAAAGAUUCAUUCCUGUUAAAAAUGGAGACUUCAGGUCGUGUACAGUACGAGACGUGGUCGUGA